GCGGCCCCCGCCGGCGGCGGCCCCGGCGGCCGAGCGGGGCCUGGCUUUGAUCAACAUGGCGGACAACAAAGCCCCGGGAUGGGGAUGAUGCACCCCGCCGCAGCCGCCGCCGGAGCACCCAGCGGCAUGGAGCCCCUGCACAACUCCCACGAAGGGUACCCCGGCAGCCAGUACAACCAUUAUCCGGGCUACAGCCGGCCCGGCGCGGGAGGCGGCGGCGGCGGCGGAGGAGGAGGAGGCAGUGGAGGAGGAGGAGGAGGAGGAGGAGCAGGAGCGGGAGCUGUGGCGGCGGCGGCCGCGGCGGCGGCAGCAGCAGGAGGCGGCGGCGGCGGCUAUGGGGGCUCGUCCGCAGGCUUCGGGGCGCUGAGCUCCCCCCGGCAGCAGGGCGGCGGCAUGAUGAUGGGCCCCGGGGGCGGCGGGGCCGCGAGCCUCAGCAAGGCGACCGCCGGCGCGGCGGCGGGGGGCUUCCAGCGCUUCGCCGGGCAGAGUCAGCACCCGUCGGGGGCCACCCCGACCCUCAACCAACUGCUCACCUCACCCAGCCCCAUGAUGCGGAGCUACGGCGCCAGCUACCCCGACUACAGCAGCCCCGGCGCGCCGCCGCCGCCGUCGCAGCCCCAGUCCCAGUCCCAGGCGGGGGCGGCGGGCGGCCAGCAGGCGGCCGCGGGCAUGGGCUUGGGCAAGGACAUGGGCGCCCAGUACGCCGCCGCCAACCCGGCCUGGGCGGCCGCGCAACAAAGGAGCCACCCGGCGAUGAGCCCCGGCCACCCCGGCCAGCCCCUGGGCCGAGCGCAGGGCAGCCCCAUGGAUCCGAUGGUGAUGAAGAGACCGCAGCUCUACGGCAUGGGCUCGAACCCCCACUCCCAACCUCAGCAGAGCAGCCCCUACCCUGGGGGCUCCUAUGGCCCCCCUGGCCCUCAGCGGUACCCCAUGGGCAUCCAGGGCCGCACGCCCGGGGCCAUGGCGGGGAUGCAGUACCCCCAGCAGCAGAUGCCACCUCAGUAUGGACAGCAAGGUGUGACUGCUUACUGCCAGCAGGGUCAGCAGCCCUAUUACAACCAGCAGCCGCAGCCUCCCCACCUCCCGCCGCAGGCGCAGUACCUGCCCUCCCAGUCCCAGCAGAGGUACCAGCCGCAGCAGGACAUGUCUCAAGAAGGCUACGGAGCCAGGUCUCAACCUCCUCUGGCCCCCGGAAAACCAAACCAUGAAGACUUGAACUUGCUGCAACAAGAGAGACCUUCAAGCUUACCAGACCUCUCUGGCUCCAUCGACGACCUGCCCACGGGAACUGAGGCCACUCUGAGCUCCGCGGUCAGUGCCUCUGGGUCCACGAGCAGCCAGGGCGACCAGAGCAACCCAGCCCAGUCGCCCUUCUCCCCGCACGCGUCCCCGCACCUCUCCAGCAUCCCAGGGGGCCCGUCCCCCUCUCCUGUCGGCUCUCCCGUGGGGAGCAACCAGUCGCGGUCCGGCCCCAUCUCUCCUGCAAGUAUCCCAGGCAGCCAGAUGCCACCGCAGCCGCCGGGCAGCCAGGCAGAGGCCAGCGUGCACCCUGCCAUGAGCCAGUCUCCAAUGCCACAGGAUAGAGGCUUUAUGGCAGGCUCCCAAAGAAACCCUCCGAUGUCCCAGUAUGGACCUCAGCAGACAGGACCGUCCAUGUCUCCGCACCCGUCUCCCGGGGGCCAGAUGCACCCUGGCAUGAGUAGCUUUCAGCAGAGCAACUCCAGUGGGACUUACGGUCCUCAGAUGAGCCAGUAUGGACCACAAGGUAACUACUCCAGAGCCCCCGCGUAUAGCGGGGUGCCCGGUGCAAGCUACAGCGGCCCAGGGCCUGGCAUGGGCAUCAAUGCCAACAGCCAGAUGCAUGGACAAGGGCCCAGCCAGCCAUGUGGUGCUAUGCCCCUGGGACGGAUGCCAUCGGCCGGGAUGCAGAGCAGACCGUUUCCUGGAAGCAUGAGCAGCAUGACCCCCAGCUCUCCCGGCAUGCCUCAGCAGGGAGGGCCAGGAAUGGGGCCGCCCAUGCCCACUGUGAACCGUAAGGCGCAGGAGGCAGCCGCUGCGGUCAUGCAGGCUGCUGCGAACUCGGCACAGAGCAGGCAGGGCAGCUUCCCCAGCAUGAAUCAGAGCGGGCUCAUGGCCUCCAGCAACCCCUACAGCCAGCCGAUGACCAACAGCUCGGGCCUGAUGAACACCCAGACCCCGCCCUACAGCAUGGCACCCAACAUGGUCAACAGCUCCACAGCAUCUAUGGGUCUUGCAGAUAUGAUGUCUCCUGGGGAGUCCAAAUUGCCCCUCAAAACGGACAGCAAAGAAGAAGGUCCCCCGCAGUCUGAGAGCAAGUCCAAGAAGUCCGGCUCGUCCACCACCGGGGAGAGGAUCACCAAGGUGUACGAGUUGGGGAACGAGCCCGAGAGGAAGCUGUGGGUGGACCGCUACCUCACCUUCAUGGAGGAGCGGGGCUCCCCCGUGUCCAGCCUUCCCGCCGUGGGCAAGAAGCCGCUCGACUUGUUCCGCCUCUACGUGUGCGUCAAGGAGAUCGGGGGCCUGGCCCAGGUCAACAAAAACAAGAAGUGGCGCGAGCUGGCGACCAACCUCAACGUGGGCACGUCAAGCAGCGCGGCCAGCUCCCUGAAGAAGCAGUACAUCCAAUACCUGUUUGCCUUCGAGUGCAAGAUUGAGAGGGGGGAGGAGCCACCGCCCGAGGUCUUCGGCACCGGGGACACCAAGAAGCAGCCCAAGCUCCAGCCACCCUCCCCUGCAAACUCAGGAUCCUUGCAAGGUCCACAGACCCCGCAAUCAACGGGCAGUAACUCGAUGGCGGAGGUUCCAGGUGACCUGAAGCCCCCCACGCCAGCCUCCACUCCCCACGGACAGAUGACCCCAAUGCAAGGCGGAAGAAGCAGUACAAUCAGCGUCCAUGACCCCUUCUCAGACGGGAGCGACUCCUCCUCAUCGUUCUCCAAACGGAACUCCAUGACCCCCAACGCCCCCUACCAGCAAGGCGUGAGCGUGUCGGACAUGAUGGGCCGGCUGCCCUACGAACCCAACAAGGACCCCUUUGGUGGAAUGAGAAAAGUGCCUGGGAGCAGUGAGCCUUUCAUGACGCAAGGACAGAUGCCCAACAGCAGCGUGCAGGACAUGUACAACCAGAGCCCUUCGGGGGCCGUGUCCAACCUGGGCAUGGGCCAGCGGCAGCAGUUCCCCUAUGCUGCCAGCUAUGACCGGAGGCAUGAGCCGUACGGACAGCAGUACCCAGGCCAAGGCCCACCCUCAGGACAGCUUCCAUAUGGAGGCCACCAGCCUGGACUGUAUCCCCAGCAACCGAAUUACAAGCGCCACAUGGACGGCAUGUACGGGCCUCCGGCCAAGCGGCACGAGGGCGACGUGUACAACCUGCAGUACGGCGGGCAGCAGCAGGAGCUGUACAACCAGUACGGCGGCUCGUACUCGGGGCCGGAGCGCCGGCCGCUGCAGGGCCAGUACCCGUACCCGUAUGCGCGCGAGCGCGUGCAGGGCCCCGCGCAGAUGCAGCCGCACGGGCUGCCGCCGCAGAUGCUGGCCGGGGCCCUGCCGGCCGCCAGUGAGGGCCCGCAGCAGAACCUGUGGGCGGCCCGCAACGAUAUGCCUUACCCCUACCCGGGCCGCCAGGGCCCCGGCCCCGCGCAGGCGCCGCCCUACCCCGGCGUGCGCGCCGACGACAUGCUGGUGCCCGAGCAGAGGAUCAACCACGAGAGCCAGUGGCCUUCGCACGUCAGCCAACGUCAGCCUUACAUGCCGCCCUCCGCCUCCAUGCAGCCCAUCACGCGCCCUCCCCAGCCCUCCUACCAGACGCCCCCGUCACUGCCAAACCACAUCUCCAGGGCGCCCAGCCCCGCGUCCUUCCAGCGCUCCCUGGAGAACCGCAUGUCACCCAGCAAGUCGCCCUUCCUGCCCUCCAUGAAGAUGCAGAAGGUGAUGCCCGCGGUGCCCACGGCGCAGGUGGCGGGCCCCCAGCCGCAGCCGCCCCCGGUGCGCAGGGAGAUCACCUUCCCGCCGGGCUCCGUGGAAGCCUCACAGCCCAUCCUCAAACAAAGGCGGAAGAUUACCUCAAAGGACAUCGUAACUCCUGAGGCGUGGCGUGUGAUGAUGUCCCUUAAAUCAGGUCUCUUGGCUGAAAGCACGUGGGCUCUGGACACCAUUAACAUCCUCCUGUACGAUGACAGCACUGUUGCGACCUUCAAUCUCUCCCAGUUGUCUGGAUUUCUCGAGCUCUUGGUAGAAUAUUUUAGAAAAUGCCUCAUCGACAUCUUUGGGAUCCUCAUGGAGUACGAAGUGGGAGACCCCAGCCAGAAGGCACUCAAUCAGAGGGCAGCGAGGAGAGAGGACGAGUCCGGCUCGGACGAGUCCGGCAGAGAGGAGGAAGAGGAGGAGGAGGAGGAUGCAGACUGCGAGGACGAGGAGGAUGAAGAGGAAGAGGAGGACGAGGAGGAGGACGGGGAGAAGACGGAGGCCGAGAGCAGCACACCUUCCACCCCUCCGGACGCCCCCGCCGUCCCCAAGGAGAAGCCCAAGCAGGCCAGCAAGUUUGACAAGCUGCCCAUAAAGAUCGUCAAGAAGAACAACCUGUUCGUGGUGGACCGCUCGGCCCGGCUCGGCCGCGUGCAGGAGUUCACCAGCGGCCUCCUGCACUGGCAGCUGGGCGGCGGCGACACCACCGAGCACAUCCAGACGCACUUCGAGAGCAAGAUGGAGAUCCCGCCCCGCCGCCGGCCACCACCGCCCGGCCCGGCCGGGAGGAAGCGGGAGCCCAACGGCCGGGCCGACGAGGAGCCGCAGGACAAGGGCAUCAUCGCCACCAUCGACGACGUGCUGUCGGCGCGGCCGGGCGCGCUGCCCGACGACGCACACCCGGGCGCCCCGGCGGACAGUGGCAAGUUCCCCUUCGGCAUCCAUCAGGCCAAGAGCCACCGGCACAUCCGGCUCCUGGAAGACGAGCCGCGGAGCCGUGACGAGACGCCACUGUGCACCAUCGCGCACUGGCAGGACUCGCUGGCCAAGCGCUGCAUCUGCGUGUCCAACAUCGUCCGGAGCUUGUCCUUCGUGCCUGGCAACGACGCCGAGAUGUCCAAGCAUCCGGGCUUGGUGCUGAUCCUGGGCAAGCUGAUUCUGCUCCACCACGAGCACCCCGAGCGGAAGCGGGCCCCGCAGACCUACGAGAAGGAGGAGGACGAGGACAAGGGGGGAGUGGCCUGCAGCAAGGACGAGUGGUGGUGGGACUGCCUCGAGGUGCUGAGGGACAACACGCUGGUCACGCUGGCCAACAUCUCCGGGCAGCUAGACUUGUCGGCGUACACGGAAAGCAUCUGCCUGCCCAUCCUGGAUGGCUUGCUGCACUGGAUGGUGUGCCCGUCGGCGGAGGCCCAAGACCCCUUCCCCACCGUGGGGCCCAACUCGGUCCUGUCGCCUCAGAGACUUGUGCUGGAGACCCUCUGUAAGCUCAGCAUCCAGGACAACAACGUGGACCUCAUCCUGGCCACGCCGCCCUUCAGUCGCCAGGAGAAAUUCUAUGCUACGUUAGUUAGGUACGUUGGGGACCGCAAGAACCCGGUCUGUCGAGAAAUGUCCAUGGCGCUCUUAUCGAACCUCGCCCAAGGGGAUGCACUGGCCGCAAGGGCCAUUGCUGUGCAGAAGGGCAGCAUCGGAAACUUGAUAAGCUUUCUGGAGGACGGGGUCACGAUGGCCCAGUACCAGCAGAGCCAGCACAGCUUGAUGCACAUGCAGACACCCCCGCUGGAGCCACCCAGCGUGGACAUGAUGUGCAGGGCAGCCAAGGCCUUGCUGGCCAUGGCCCGCGUGGACGAGAACCGCUCCGAGUUCCUCUUGCACGAGGGCCGGCUGCUGGACAUCUCCAUCUCCACGGUCCUGAACUCUCUGGUGGCGUCGGUCGUCUGUGAUGUACUGUUUCAGAUCGGGCAGUUAUGA